AAAUUCACGAAGCCUCCACAUCAUGUGUCACAUCCCAGUCUUCUGUUGGAUCACUGCUACAGUUCUGGAGGACCUCUUCAAGCCAUCCCAGAUAAGAAAAGAGAUGCCCAAGACAGUGACUCAGAUGUACAUCCACUUCCUGAGGGUGCAGUCCAUACAGGUUCAGAGAGCAGGGAGAUCAUUGUUUCCCUGGGAAAACUGGCUUUUAACCAGUUUGAAAAAGGCAACCUGAUUUUCUACGAGACAGACCUGGCUGAGUGUCAAAUCAAUAUCAUAGAAGCCUCAGUGUACUCAGGAGUGUUCACCCAGAUCUUUAAAGAGUGUGGGCUGAACCAGGACAAGGUGUUCUGCUUUGUCCAUCUGAGCAUCCAGGAGUUUCUGGCUGCCAUUUAUGUCUUUCUAUCCUUCGACACUGGGGUCAUUCUGCUCUCAAAAGAACAACCAACCUCCUCUGAAGAUAAACUCCUCCUCUACAAGAGUGCUGUGGACAAGGCCUUACAGAGUGAGAACGGCCACCUGGACUUGUUCCUCCGCUUCCUCCUGGGCCUCUCUCUGGAGACCAAUCAGAUUGUCCUUGGAGGUCUGCUGGGACGGACAAACUGUAGCUCACAGACCAAUAAGGAAACAGUGUCUUACAUCAAGAAGAAGAUAAAUGGACAUCUCUCUCCAGAGAGAAGCAUCAAUCUGUUCCACUGUCUGAAUGAGCUGAACGACGGUUCUCUAGUGGAGGAGAUCCAACAGCACCUGACAUCAGGGAGUCUCUCCACAGUAUCUCUCUCUCCUGCUCAGUGGUCAGCUCUAGUCUUCAUCUUACUGUCAUCAGAAGAGGAGCUGGACGUGUUUGACCUGAAGAAAUACAAAGCUACAAAGGAGGGUCUUCUGAAGCUGCUGCCAGUGUUCAAAGCCUCCAAAACAUCUGGAAACAAUUUUUACGAUAGUAAAUAUAGAUAA